AUGAUUGCCAAAGCGAUACUGGAGAGUGGAGGGGCGAGUGCCGUUGCCGUAGGCGGCCGCGACGUUUACAGUGUUGCCACUACAUCCAGACGAAAAUUCCCCGCGAUUCCCAGCUUUCUAGCGCUCGACGCUAAACUAAAACUGUGUCGGUCGAAAGGAAAAAGAGACUGGAAGCAAGAGAUAGUAGGAGACAAACCGAUAGAAGACUGUACAGAUCAAGAACAUAUCAUUUGUGAUAUUAACCAAGAAACUUAUACAUCAAUAAUUGAUCAAAAUCAAGAAAGUAAAUUGUCGGGAAGUGGAAAUAAGAAUGCAGAUGAAUUGGACAGAUCACAAGAAGACGAACAAGACGUAGUUGGCAAGCUCAAAUCAAAAAUUGAACAGCUUGAAAAGAAUUUGAAAAUGGUUGAGGAGGAGAGAGACUCGCUUUCUCAAAAGUUAAAAGACUCUGAAACACAAAAAAAUGUGUUCAAAAAACCCCUAGAAAAUGAAGAUACAGUAAAAACAGUCAACUACAGCAUCUUGACCGAAUCGGAGCGAUGUCUGACACAAAAUCUAAUGUCGAAUUUAAUCACCGAAGAGGAAUUUGUAGAUGAUAUUCAACCACUAGAAGAACCAUUUAUCGAGCAAGAUAAGGAAAUUCCUGAACAGGAAAACACAAUUAGUAAGGAAGGUUUGCGAUAUUUGGCUGGCUACAUCGCCUUUGUAUUUAGACACAAAUAUCCAGAGCUUCGAGAAAACUCAGAAUUUUCACAAAAAUCUCAAAGAGUUCUCAAGUGGAUAUCAAGAUUGAUUGAUCAAUUGCUGUAA